AUGGCGAACGAGAAGAACGACCCGCCCGUCGCCCCCAUUGAGAUUGGGAGGGAGCAGGGAGUUUUGACUGAUGAGAAGAUCCCUGCUGGUACCAACUACGAGGAGCUUCAUCGUCUUGACUCCGAGGAGCAGGCACUUGAGUCACACCUCAACGUCACCGAGGAUGAUCUCAUUGAAGCCAAGGCCGUCGCGGCCAACCUCUCCUUGGAGGGAGUGCGCACCAUGAUGCAGACCGUGAUUAAGAUUCACGACCGUGACCCCAACUUCCCGCACGGCGUUCUUAUGAAAAUUCAUGAAUUUCUCGACAACGAGAGCAUUUUCGAAAACCCCGAGAAGCACGAGGAAAUCAUCUGGGAAAUGAAGUUGGAGGCUGCCUUGAUCACCAACAACAGCCCGUACGCAGAGGUACGAGCCGUCGUCGACAACAAAGACGACCCGUCGAUGCCCUGCGGUACUAUCCGCGCCUGGACCAUUGGUGUCCUCUUCUCGGUCUUCCUCGCUUUCAUCAACCAGCUCUUCAGUGUCCGUCAGCCGCUCAUUAGUAUCGAGUCCAACGUCGCCCAGCUUUUGGCUUUCCCAGUUGGUAAGGCUUGGGAGAAGUUCAUGCCAAACGUCAUGAUCCCUGUGGGAUUCGGCGUCAAGCUGCCCUUGAACCCCGGACGCUUCAACAAGAAGGAGCACAUGCUUAUCGCCAUUAUGGCCAACACCGCCAAGUCUCUGCCUUACACUCAGUACAUUGUCUGGACUCAGGUUCUGCCACAGUACUUCAACCAGCCGUACGCCAAGAGCUUCGCCUACCAGAUCUUGAUUGCUCUGUCUACCAACUUCAUCGGUUACGGCCUUGCUGGUCUUACCCGUCGGUUCAUCGUCUACCCUUCGUACUGCGUGUGGCCCGCAUCUCUUGUCACGAUCGCCUUGAACUCGGCCCUCCACAACGAGACCAACACUGCGGUGCCCGGACCUUUCAAGAAGCUGUACUCCAUGACCCGUUACAAGUUCUUCUUGUGGUCAUUCGGUGCCAUGUUCAUCUACUUCUGGUUCCCCAACUACAUUUUUGAGGUACUCACCUUCUUCAGCUGGAUGACUUGGAUCUCCCCUAGCAACCACAACCUGGAGAUCCUAACCGGUUUCCGCAACGGCUUGGGAAUGUUCAACCCUUGGCCGACUUUCGACUGGAACGUCAUGCUGUUCGACAGUGUCGACCCUCUCAUGGUGCCGGCCUUCUCGACCUUUAACCGUACCCUGGGCAUGUGGCUUCUUGGAUUCGUUAUUAUGGGUAUCUACUUCACCAACGCCUGGAACACCGCGUAUAUCCCCAUCAACUCCAACCGUGUCUAUGACCACUUCGGCAAGCUCUACAAUGUGUCAAGAGCGCUUGACGACCGUGGCAUGUACGACCACGAGAAGUACAUGGACUACUCGGCUGCCUAUCUCGGUGCCGCCAACACUUUGGUCUAUGGCUCCUUCUUCGCCUUGUACAGCGCUGCCAUCACGCACGUCGCCAUUUUCCACCGCUACGAAAUUAUGAUGGGUUUCAAGAACUUGUGGAAUACUAUCCGUCGCAAGAAGAAUACCUCCGAGGAUGGUACGCAAGAGGGCGAGUACAAGGAUAUCCACAACCGCCUUAUGUCUAAGUACCCUGAGGUUUCCGAGUGGUGGUACCUUGGAACGCUGAUCGUUGCUGCCGGCUUUGGUUUUGCUGGUGUUGCUGGUUGGCCUACCUACACCACUCCUGGUGUCGUCCCCUACGGUGUCUUCCUGGCUGUCAUCUUCGUCAUCCCCAUCGGUAUUAUCAAGGCUAUGACUGGUAUCGAGGUUACCUUGAACGUCUUGGCCGAGUUUAUCGGUGGUAUGUGGGUUGAGGGUAACGCGCUGGCCAUGAACUUCUUCAAGUCUUUCGGAUACGUCACCUGCGCUCACGCGGUCCACUUCGCAAACGACUUGAAGGUUGCCCACUACCUGAAGAUCCCCCCCAGGCAGACUUUCGCGUGCCAGAUGGUCGCCACCCUCAUCUCUACCUUCAUCUGCACCGCCGUCAUCAACUUCCAGAUCAGCAUUCCCAACAUCUGCACCCCUGAUGCCCCCAUGCGUCUCUUCUGCCCGGGCCCCAACACCUUCUUCACCGCCGCUGUCCUUUGGGGAACUAUUGGCCCCCUCAAGGUGUUCGGCCACCAGGGACAGUACAACUACCUGCUGCUCGGAUUCCCCGUCGGUAUCGCCUUGCCCAUCAUUUUCUACUACUGCAUCAAGUGGGCCCCCAAGAACCGUUACCUCCGCCAGUUCCACCCCGUCGCCCUCUUUUACGGAGGCGUCAACUGGGCCCCGUACAGCUUCUCCUACGCCUGGCCCGCUGUCCCUAUUGCCUGGUUGUCAUGGAUCUACGUCCGCAACCGCUACCUCGCCUUCUGGUCUAAGUACAACUUUGUGCUCUCUGCCUCUUUCUCUGCCGGUAUCGCCAUCGCCGGUAUCCUCAUGCUGUUCACCGUCCAGUGGGUCGGUGCUGAGGUUCCCUGGUGGGGUACUGAGCAGAUCGCCGCCGGCUGCGAGGGCAAGGCUUGUACUCUCAAGACCCUUGCCCCGGGCGAGCGGUUUUACCCCUGGUGGAACCCCUCCCAGGUCCCGGCCCCCUAA